GUCGUGAAACGCAAUAUUUACAGACAACAUUUGUUUGCAGUAGUGUUUGCAUUUGGUUUGUAGUGUACAAUACAGCACUCAGACGUGUUGGGGAAUUAUUAAACAUAUUAUGCUUUUUGGGCGUGCCCUUGUCGUGCUAGACCACGCGCGGGAUUGUUUUGUUGUUUAUAGUCAUCUGUCUCAGUCACUUCCGUGUUUGUUCAUGUAGGUAACUUAAAGGACAACUCGUGUAAGAGUAUGGAAGAUACAAAGGAUCACAUCGGUCCUCUUAUUACCGCUCUGCAAUAUAAUGAUAUAUUUGACCUGGACUCCACACAAACUGAUACAGAAUUGCUACCCGUAGGGAUUGCUUUCAGCUUUAUUAAGGCUGUACAGUCAGUGAAUCAAAGACUCGUGAAUCAGAUCAGCACCGAGUCAUUGGGUUUUGAAGUGAUUCUCAUUGCAAGAGAGGGUUCAGAAGUAACCAAAGAGAAGAUGGUUAAGAGUGUGAAUCAUUAUGGUCUAGGAAUCAGCAAAUUUUAUUUUUGCAAAAAUGAAGAACUCAUAAAGACUCUUCAAUCACACAAGGUUAAGCUGUUCCUCUCCACCAACAGAGAUGAUAUCGAUAAAGCCCUACAGGCAGGACUUGCAGCUGCUUUGCUGUAUGAUCAGCUUGGUCAACAUGGUUUUGAUAAGCUGAAGGUCAUUUUCUCAGGAGAUGUUAUUGGCUUCUCAGAGGAUUCACGUGAUAGUCUUACAGAUUUUGGAUUCAGUGAAACUCAGCUAAAAACUUUUAAAACAGCAAAGAUGUGCAUGAAAGAGUUUGUUUCUCUGAUCGGUGAGAUGAGGAGAAGGUUUGGUCGUGAGGACAGUCCUCUUUGCACGUGUCUCAUAACAGCGUGGGGCUCUAGAGACGUCUCUACCUCUGCACUGAAAACUCUUCGGGAAUGGGGUCUGGAUGUGGACGAGGCAUUUUGUUUGGCAGGAGCUCCUUGCAGUCCCAUAUUGGCCGUGGUGAAACCACACAUACUGUGGGACGGUGGCCUUCACAAUGCAGGGGACACCCCUGCCCAGUCCUGAACUAAAAGUGCCAUUUGGACAAAGAACUGUUGUUUAUUUGACUUUUAUUGAGUGCCAAUGUUUUCAUACUGUUACGGUUUGCAUUUAUUAUUAUUAUUUGAAAAGAUGAAGGAGAAUGUUUAAAGGUUAUUCUUGUUUAAUAAAAGACUAUGCGGUAAAACAUAAAGCUAUACAUAUAACUUCAGU